AAAGUCUGACUUCGUUUCGGAGCACCAACGCACACUCGUCAAUCAAAUUUAAGACUCUGGCUUCACCCACCUUCCAAUAAUUCCAAUUUUCUCUCUAAAAAAAUAAAAAAUAAAUAAAGGCGAUGGAAGCAGAUGGUGAUUUCGAUGUUCCUCCGUCAUUUGAUCGCGUGAAGAAUGCAGCCCGUGAUGGUGCAGCACAAGGGUUCAACCCAGGCUUGAUCGUCUUACUUGUGAUUGGGGGGCUGCUCUUGGCAUUCCUUGUUGGAAAUUACGUGCUCUACACUUACGCCCAAAAAACCUUGCCUCCGAAGAAAAAGAAGCCCGUCUCCAAGAAGAAGAUGAAGAAAGAACGACUGAAGCAAGGCAUAUCAGCUCCCGGAGAAUAGAUGCGAUAUCGGGUUGUACACCUAUCAAACACCUCAUGUUCUGAACUUUGCUGAGAUAUCGUUGCACUGUGUAGGCCUCCUGCCUCCCAUUUCGAAUUUUCCCGGCUGUUUUAUUAGUAGACUGAAACAACAAUUGCAGUUUGUUUAAAACUUUGUCUAAAUCUGAAGUCAAACUCUUUAUACAAAAA